AUGAAUAAAGGGAUAUUUAGUUUAGUUUGUAUCAUCUUGUAUGGCCUUUUGGCUGUAUCAAUACAUUGCUCGAAACAGAAACAUGAUCAAUCUAAGACAUCUGGAUUAAGAAGUAGAAUCAUUCGUGCUAUCAAGAAAAUAAACGGAAGUAACAAAAAAAAUGUUAUAGAAUUUCAACGUGAAACGCAAUUAAAUAACAAUAAUAAUAACAAUAAUGAAGAUGAUGAUAUAUGGGAUGAUGAUAAAUAUGAUGAUGAAAAAGACUAUGAAGAUGACGGUUGUGGUUGUUGUGGUUGUUGUGGUUGA